AUGAGUGGUGGCCAUGCUUUACGCGCGAUCGAAUUAAUCUUUACCAUUUGUAUCACACAUGUACGCUCAAAUUAUUUUCGGCUACAAAUCCUUUGGAGUGCGAACGAGCAAAGUUCGCUCUAUACGAAUAUCAUCCUACAGCUGAAUGUCGAAGGCACUCUAAAUUCCAGGGAUUCUUGUCUAUCACCACCGGAAUGUUUGAAAUGCCUUAUUGAUGAUGUGGGAAAAUACAUCGACUUCACAUCAGUUGUAUCCCCUCUUUUUGUAACCUGGAAAAAAGGCAGUCACCGUCGACUACGAGGUUGUAUAGGGACCUUUUCACAAUUACAAGCCUUAGUGUGGUUUUACAGUUUACACACGGGUCUACGAGAUUAUGCUAUCACUAGUGCGUUUCACGAUUCGCGUUUCGACCCAGUACGGAAAGAAGAGAUUCCUCAUCUACAUUGCGGUGUUUCAUUAUUAAUCAAGUUUGAAUCUGCUCAUGACUAUAUGGACUGGACGAUUGGUAUGCAUGGAAUUCGUAUUCAUUUUAUGGACGGCAGCGUACGCAGAGAUGCUGUGUAUCUGCCGGAAGUUGCUUAUGAACAAGGCUGGGACCAUUUGGAAACAAUCAAUAAUCUAAUAGAAAAAGGCGGCUAUCGAGGACGUAUUGAUGAAGGCUUCCGGCUUUCCCUCCAAGUUACUCGAUUUCAAUCUAGUAAAGUGAUGAUCUCUUAUGAUUUUUUCCUCGAUGAUUUCGACUUGUGA